AUGAAUAGCAGCGUAACUGAGUUCAUUCUGUUUGGGUUGACACAGGAUACUGGAAAACAGAAGACAAUAUUUGGUAUCUUCCUGAUUCUUUACCUUGCAACUCUGUUGGGAAACUUUCUCAUCGUAGUGACUAUUAAAACCAGCCAGGCCCUUGCAAGCCCCAUGUAUUAUUUUCUAUUCUACCUUUCAUUUGCUGAUGCUUGCUUCUCUACAACCACGGCCCCAAGACUGAUCGUGGACGCCCUUUCUCAGAAAAAGAUCAUCUCCUAUAAUGAGUGCAUGACUCAGGUCUUUGCAGCCCAUUUCUUCGGAUGCAUGGAGAUUUUUGUGCUCAUCCUCAUGGCCUUCGAUCGUUAUGUAGCCAUCUGUAGGCCCCUGAGAUACACAGUCAUCAUGAACCAGCGGGUCUGUGGUGUGCUGGUAAUACUGGCCUGGCUGGGAUCUUGCAUCCAUUCUUCAGCACAGAUUUUCCUAGCUUUGAGGUUGCCUUUCUGUGGCCCAAAUGUAAUCGAUCACUAUUUCUGUGAUUUGCAGCCUUUGUUAAAGCUUGCCUGCAUGGAUACAUAUGUGGUAAAUCUGCUGGUUGUAUUGAAUAGUGGGGCCAUAUGCAUGGUGAGUUUCCUGGUCCUGCUCAUCUCCUAUGUUGUCAUCUUACACUCUCUGAGAAACCACAGCACAGAAGGGAAGCGAAAAGCACUUUCCACAUGUACAUCCCACUUUAUCGUGGUUGUUAUCUUUUUUGUUCCAUGCAUAUUUAUUUACACACGUCCACCAACCACUUUUCCAAUAGACAAGAUGGUGGCUGUGUUUUAUACAAUCGGGACACCCUUACUUAACCCUCUGAUCUAUACGCUGAGGAAUGCAGAAGUGAAAACUGCCAUGAGAAAAUUGUUGUGUAGAAAAGUAUAA